AUUAAGCAAACACAUCAAAAUAAACUGAGAAGAAGAAGAAGAAGACCACCGAGAAAGUAGAAGGCUGAGACACCAAAUGGCCUUGCAAUGGUUGAUUUUGACCUACAUAGUGGCUGCGGAGGCAGCCGUAGCAAUUUUGCUAACGCUGCCCUCACCGAAACUCCUCAAAUCCCGUCUCGUGUCUCUCAUCUCUCUCAUCCUCCAGCCUUUAAUGUUCAUCGUUCCCUUCGCUGGUUUCCAGCUCCUGGAUAUCUACUGGAAGAGUGAGCACCGCAUGAUGUGUGCGGGCGAGACCUGCACUGCCGCUGAAAGAGAUCGCCACGAUAAAUCUAUCUACAAAGCUCAAAGGAAUGUGAUUUUGUGUGCUGCUGCAUGCCUUCUCUAUUGGUGCAUUUACCGCAUUUGCAAAUACCACAAGGAUAUUCAGAAUUUGGAGGAAGUAGAAAAGAGGUACAAGGAUCAGUAGCUUUCUUAACCAUGCCCUUUUCUGCAGUUUUAGGUGGGGGGAAUUGCAAGGGCUGAAUAGUACUGUUGGUAAUUUAUGGACAAGACGAUAGUACCUCUAGAUAUAUAUAUAUAUUUCAUUUCUAUGGGUUUCAUGUAUGUGCCACUUCUCAUGUGUCAUGUACCUUGCAGUACGCUUUUAUUGUAGCUAUUUAAAUUCGCUGUUGCUAUGGAACCAUAUUACUAUAACAUGAUGUUGCUUAUAUACUGACUCCUAUGCAUUGUUUUCUAA